AUGUUGAAAGUAGCGCCAUCUACUGAGUAUCCAGCACGGGAUAGCGGAACGCACAAUCGUACCGGUCACAUACGCUUACACUUACGGAUACGUAACCAUCCAGUCAGCAUAUCCAGCCUGUUGCGGAACCUGUCUAUUGAAGUUAUAACCGGUUUAGUUUUAGACUUCCAUGUAGUAUCAACUUUUUGCCAUGCCUGCUCAUUUGCAAAAACCAAAUAUGGCAGUGGAAUAGAAUUUGAAGAAUGGUAUUUGAAACAUAAGCCACAUUGCAACAUAAAUUUCAGUGGAUCGUCUAAUGCUAUGGAAGUUGAAGCUGCAAAAGUCCUGUGGUCUAGGUCUUUAGACUCUGGGUUUAGAUACUCCACAUUAAUUAGUGAUGGCGAUUCAAAAUCUUACGAUCACAUUAACAAUUUAAAACUCUAUAAUGUUGAAAAACAAGAAUGUAUCAACCAUGUUGCCAAACGCAUGGGAACAGCUUUGCGAAAAUUAGCCAAAGAUGGCAAAAAACUAGGUGUGGUACUAGGUGGAAAGGGGCAGGGAAAAUUGACUCAAACAACCAUAAAUAAAUUAACAAUUUACUAUGGUAAGGCCAUCAGAGAAAAUCUUGACAAUUUGGAUGCAAUGCGUGAUGCAGUGUAUGCAAGCUUUCUGCAUGCUUUAUCCACAGAUGCAGUACCUCACCACAAUAGGUGCCCCAAAGGAAUAAACUCCUGGUGUUUUUACCAGAGGGCUGUAGCUGUCGGUGAAAAACCAGGUUCACAUAGUGAAUUGGUACAUACUCCCAUCAGCUUGGAAGUUGGGGAUCAUUUAAAAACUGUUUACGAAAGACUUGGGAGCGAAGCAUUAUUAAGACGCUGUUUGGGGGGGUUUACGCAAAAUCCAAACGAAAGUCUGCACGCUAUUAAUUUAUUUGCUCUUCAUGGUUUGCGUGCUGGGGGUGCAUCUAGUGCUGCAAUUGGGGUAUCCCUGAUCGCCUUUUAA